AUGGGCUCUAUAGGCAACAAAUUUACUUGGACAAAUGGAAGACAUGGGGUAGCUUUUACCAAAGAAAGGUUGGACAGAGCUUUUUGUAAUGCUACCUGGACUGAGGCAUUUCCUAACACAAAAGUUUUUACCCUCCCAACCUUGAUCUCAGACUAUUGCCCUUUGCUGAUUACCAUUGAGGGGAGUCAUACUUAUAGGAACCGGAAGGAAAAGCCUUUUAGAUUUGAAGCAAAAUGGGUUUUAAGGGAGGAUUAUCAAAAAUUGGUGGAGGAAGCAUGGAUGAGCCAUAAGGAGUCAGAUAAUAAACUGAAUGCUAUCUCUGCAGGCCUUAACCAGUGCAAACAGAAGCUAUUGCAAUGGAGUAAACAAAGGUGGGGCAAUUCUAAUCAACAACUGUCUAAGAAUAUGACUCUAUUGACUGAACUUCAAAAAGAGAACAAAGGCCAACUUAAUGAUCAAAUCAAGCAGGUCCAGAGGGAUACAAACAAACUUUUAGAGGAAGAGAAUCUCAGAUGGCAGCAGAGAGCUAAGCAGAGGUGGUUGAGAGAGGGUGAUAGAAACACCAAGUUUUUUCACCAAUGUGCUUCCCUCAGAAGAAAAGUCAACAUGAUCAAGAAAUUGGUGGAUGAUGAUGGGCAGGAAGUGCAUUCCAAUGAGAGGAUUAGCUCUCUUUUCCAAGAUUACUAUAAAGAAUUUUUUUCCACCUCCUCACCAGAAAACAUUUCGACCUGCUUGGAAUCUAUGGAGCCUCGAGUCACAGAAGAUAUGAAUGCCAACCUCACCAGAAUCUACACUCAACAAGAGAUUGAAGAGGCCCUUUUUCAGAUGGAGGGUCUCAGCUCUCCUGGACUAGAUGGCUUUCCUGCUGCAUUUUAUCAGAAGCAAUGGCCCUUCAUUGGUAAACAGGUCAGUGAAGCUAUCCUGCAGGUGUUGAAUUCAAAUGUGGCCUUUGAAGCCAUGCAUACAAUGAAGUCUAAAAUGACAGGCAAAGAAGGUUACAUGGCACUGAAACUAGACAUGAGCAAGGCAUACGACAGAGAAAUCAAUAGUGUCAUAAGUAGCUUUUGGUGGGGGCAACAAAACCAUGAGCACAUAAUCCACUGGAUUUCAUGGGAAAAAUUGGGAAAAGCAAAGUCUGAAGGGGGGAUGGGUUUUAGAGACUUCGAGGCCUUCAACAAAGCUAUGUUGGCCAAGCAAUGUUGGGGGUUGAUCCAACAUCUAGACUCUCUGGCUGCUCAGGUGAUAAAGGCCAAGUAUUACCCAAGCUCCACCUUUUUAGAAGCUAAACUUGGAUCGAAACCAUCCUAUGUGUGGAGAAGUUUCCUGGCAGCAAGACCUUUGAUUGAGGCAGGUUCAUAUUGGAGAAUAGGAAAUGGGAAUCAAGUGCAAAUCUGGAAGGAUAGAUGGACAUUACAUACAAAUCCAAGUAGGGCCCAAAGUAGUGUUAGAGUGCUGGAGAAUAAUGCAACAGUGUCCAAUUUAAUUGAUCCAGUUACUAAGCAGUGGGAUAGAGCCCUGGUGCAGCAUAUUUUCAAUGCUAGAGAAGCUGAUAUCAUUCUCAAAACUCCCAUAAGCUCACUCAACAGUAGAGACAAACUAGUUUGGCAAGGCACAAGAGAAGGUGUUUUUUCAACCAUGGAUUGCCAACUCAUUCAAGAAUUUGUUGUGGUUGCAAAGAAGAUAUGGUGGAGAAGGAAUAGCUUUAUCUUUAAAGGCUCUUUUGUUCACUCGAAUGCUAUUGUCAAGGAAGCAAGAAGUCUCUUGGAGAUGCUAAAUGAGGAGAGUUCCAACUAG